ACCGCAUCAGAUGGUCAGCGGACAGCCGUUGGUGGCUCACUGCGGGGCUGCGUGCUAGAGGGAACCAGCCGGAGCACCGUGUUUGAUUGUUCGCUAACACCUUACCUCCUGCCUGCUGGGUCCGGCUAAAAAUGCAGUGAAGUGUCACCCGUUAAGUCAGUAUAAUCUUAAUGUUUCCCGGUGUGAAGUGCUCGGUUAAAUGUGCCUGUUUCAUCGCUACCAAGCCACUCACGCCAACGACGAUGGACUGAAAUCUGCGGCGGGGGCGAACGACACACAACCUGCCGCGAUUUCUUGCAUGUAAAUAAAUAAAUGAUAGAGGAUACAAUGACCCUGCUGUCUCUGUUAGGUCGGAUCAUGCGUUAUUUUCUGCUCAGACCGGAGACCUUGUUCCUGCUGUGUAUCAGCCUGGCUCUGUGGAGUUACUUCUUCCACACGGACGAAGUGAAGACCAUCGUCAAGUCCAGCCGGGAUGCGGUCAAGAUGGUCAAGGGGAAAGUGGCGGAGAUGAUGCAGAAUGAGCGGUUCGGCGGGCUGGACGUCCUGGAUGCGGAGUUCUCCAAGACCUGGGAGUUCAAGAGCAACAACGUGGCCGUGUACUCCAUCCAAGGCCGGCGAGACCACAUGGAGGACAGGUUCGAGGUGCUCACCGACAUAGUCAACAAGAGUCACCCGUCUAUAUUUGGAAUUUUUGAUGGCCACGGAGGAGAGGCUGCUGCUGACUUUGCCAAGGCCCACCUGCCGGAGGCUCUCCGCCAACAGCUACUGACCUAUGAACGGGAGAGAGAGCGAGACAGAGAAAAAGACAAAGAGAAAGAUGAAAAAAAGGAGAAGGGUGGUCUCUCCUAUCCUUCCAUCCUGGAGCAGCAGAUCCUGACGUUGGACAGAGAAAUUCUAGACAAGCUGUCUGCCACUUACAAUGAAGCAGGCACUACAUGUCUGGUGGCCCUGCUGUCUGAUAAGGAAUUGACAGUGGCCAACGUUGGAGACUCACGUGGAGUUCUUUGUGAUAAAGACGGCAAUGCCAUUCCUCUAUCCCAUGACCACAAACCUUACCAGCUCAAAGAACGCAAGCGGAUCAAGAAAGCCGGUGGUUUCAUCAGUUUCAAUGGCUCGUGGCGUGUCCAGGGCAUCUUGGCCAUGUCUCGUUCUCUGGGCGAUUAUCCUCUGAAGAACCUCAACGUGGUCAUUCCUGAUCCCGACAUCAUGUCCUUUGACCUGAACAAGCUGCAGCCAGAGUUCAUGAUCCUGGCGUCCGAUGGCCUGUGGGACACCUUCAGCAAUGAGGAGGCCGUUCGCUUCAUCAGGGAACGACUGGAUGAGCCUCACUUUGGUGCCAAGAGUAUUGUCCUCCAGUCUUUCUAUCGUGGUUGUCCUGACAACAUCACAGUCAUGGUGGUCAAGUUUAAAGGCAAGGGCAACGAGCAGUAGAUCGUCCAUCAACCACAUGCAGUAUCUAUAUUAUGUUUGAAUAUAAGUAAGAAUAGGCUUAAGAUGAAAGAUUUAAAAACCGAGCCCGCAAUUUUUUGAGCAAGAACUAUUUCUAUCGCAGAUAUUUACAGAAGUUAGUUCUUCAAGGCAUCCAACCACGCCCCCGUCCUUUUCUUUUCCUGCUGUCAAAGUGACACUUUUCUUUCAUUUAGUCUUAGCCAUAUCUUUGAGACACCGUAAUGUGAGCUUGAGUCACUGUUAUGCAAAUAAACAGGUCUAGCUUUGUGCAGCUAUGGGGUACGCCCGUGAGUCUGCACACACUUGUAUGUAUGACUGUGUGGGUGUGUGUGUGUGUGUGUGUGUGUGUGCGCGUGCGUGCAUGCAUGCAUGCGUGUGUGUGUGUGU